AUGAUCCUGCCGAACAGACCCGCUCCUCCUGCGCCGCCCGUUGAACAGGUCCCCUCGGCCGAACCAAAUGGUCUCCCACCCUAUCCCACGAUUCCACCCAAUGUCUGGGAGCCUGUGAGCCGUAACAGACAUUUCAGAGAAACAGUCAAAUUGCCCCCCCGACCAAAUGUCCAUCCUCCAAUCCCAGCCGCAAGCAUUGGCUACCCUUACCAGUCUACGCCUCCACUCGUGCCCUACACCCAGCUCGAGCCGGUGGUCACGGCAACGAGUCCCAGCAUGGCCCAAGACCCGACCUGUGAGGAGUUCUGGCAUCAACGGGAGACAGACCAGGCCUACACAAAGAGUGUCGAGCCCAGCCAGCCCGAGGUUUCACAUGCCAGAGGCGAACCACCGCCACGGCCAGUUGGCAGGCCGGGGGAUAGGAAAUAUAAAAUUCGGGGAGUAAGGCAAGUUCAACAAAAAAUAACCUCAAACAAUUGGACUAGACAACUGAAAAAUUAG